CCACACGGACUCUGGCGAGGGAACACGUGUGCAUGCAACAUGCACACAUUCUGGCUCCGCCUACGAGAACCGCCGGGUGGUACCUCCGCGUUCGACAGUCAGAGACCAUCUACCACCUACGGACAAUCACAACAUCCAUAGCCAAGAGAAAAAUUUCUCCUGGGACGGGACUCGAACCCGCAGAGCGCACGGCGACUGAUCAGGAGACCGAACAGUCUACUACUGCGGCCACCGCUGCUGCCCUGACACGGCUAGUCCUAACUUCUAGAACACCUUGUAUAGCGUGAGAAAUGAAUAGUUAUUAUGGCGACCCUCCUGGUUGUU